AUGAGAGCCAUUGCUAAGUAUGCAUGGCCAGCUAAUAAUACGGAGGAUUGGAUAUUAAAUUUGGCUUAUUUACCAAAUCUUCAUAAUGGUUCUUUCGCAUCAUCAACAAGUGGAGGAUCUAUUAACUUGUAUCUGCUACAACAAUUGUCUAACAAUCCAAUUUUGAGAAUAGAUAAGGCUCAUGAGUCAAGCAUAAACUCCAUGAAAGCAAUUGAUGAUACUACCAUAGGGUCAUGUUCUACGGAUGGAUUGAAAAUUUGGGAUUUGAGGACCUCAUCGGGGAAGCCCGUGCAUACUUUAGCGAAUGCCAAAACUUCAAACUUUUUAUCUCUUGAUUAUUUUAACAAUCUUCUUGCAGGGGGAACUGAAUUAGUUGGUGCAGAUGCCGAAUUACAUAUUUGGGAUUUAAGGAACACUUCGAAUGUGAUAAGAUCAUUUAUUGAUUCGCAUAAUGAUGAUAUUACGGAUAUAAAAUUCCAUCCUAACUCUCGAUUCUUGAUGUCUGGAUCUACAGAUGGGUGUGUGAAUGUGUAUGAUCUUGAACAAGAAGAUGAAGAGGAUGCUUUACAUCAAGUUAUAAACUAUGCAUCUGUUCAUUCUUGUAAUUUUAUUCAAGAUAAUCGUAUCUCAGUGUUAUCGCAUAUGGAAACUUUAGCAUUUUACGAACUAAAUAAUACUAAUUACGAAAAAAUCGAAGAACCGGCGCCGAAUGAUAUUGGGGAUGUAAGAAAAUUAUGGCCCGAUUGCGAAUAUGUAGUUGACAUAUAUCCAAGCGGUUACGUUGCAUGUGGUGCUAAUUCUCAACUGAAAUUAUCGUUGUAUCCGUUUAAUCCUGUAUUAGAGAAAAUAGACUUGAGUAAACCUGUUUGGUUUCCUGAUGCUCACGGUGCAGAAGUUGUCAGGGACGUAUUGGUGAUACCAAACCAAAAAUCUGCCUUGACUUGUAGUGAAGAUGGUACAAUUAAGGCCUGGGAAUUGCCUUAUGAAUUACAGUACUUCGACUUAAACUUGAACGAUGCAAAAACAGAAAUGAAGGAAGACGUACUUAUGGGUACUGAAGAACAUAAUUUAGAGCUGAAGCCUCUUAAGAAAGAAAAGAAGGACAAAAAGGACAAAAAGGAAAAGAAAGAGAAGAAAGAAAAGAAAGAUAAAAGCGACAGGAAAUCCAAGAGAGACAAGAAGGAUAAAGACGGUAAAUCCGAAAGAUCAAAGAAAAAGAAGAGUGAUGUUAGGUUCAAACCAUAUUAG